AUGUCAAAGAUUAACAUCGAACUGUCCAAUGAACAAAGUACAAGUUAUAAGUGGUAUGAUAGGGAGAUUCGGGUAGGAAUCAUCCCGGACUCUGGAACGGGUCUCAGUGUAUCCAUCCGAUGA